CAUUUAGUAAUUUCUAUUUUAGAAAUCAACCUAUGAAUCAUACACGCACUGCAUCAAUGCAUGGUAUCGAAUAUUGGCAAAGUUCUCAGUGAAAUAAAAAUAUGACUCAUCUCUCGACAUUUUGUUUGAAGAAUGCGUUAAUCCUAGAAUAGCUUAAUGUAUAACACAUCAUUAGUCAUUCUCGUGAUUACGGAUAUGUAGAUUGUUAGUAAAAAAUUAAGUGCUAAUCUGAGAAUGAAGAGUAACGACUGGUAGAUGCAUGUGAUGGAAGGUACAGUGAUUUAAACAAUGGGACAUGUACACUCAAAGAAGAAAAGACACAAGUACAACAAAGAACUAGCCGAUUAUAUCAACAGAAAUGUGCCAGAUUACCAUGACAACCAACAAACUGUAGAUCCUGUGGACGUUGAUCAAAUAUCUCAUUUUAGCGAACCUUUUCUACACAGUUCAUCGACCAUUCAACAAAACAUCACAAAAAAGUGGAUGACAAUGCCUAUUACCCAUGAUUCUCGAGAAGGAUCGCCACUUCUAAAAGCUGCACAUAUUUCGUACAAGGACAUUAAAGUUGAUGACCAUCCAGCACUUACAAAACUCCAAAAUGAACAAAAUACCCGUUUGGAAAAAAUGGAGGAAAGGAUGAACCAAAUUCGACUUCAUGCAAUGCAAGAAGCAGACAGACGCAAAUAUGCAUAUUUAUUUAGAGCAAAAUCACGACAAAGUCCAACCAAAGACUUGAUAAAAGUACGAAAAUGUCAGACGGACAACUAUUUAAUGAAAACACGACACAGUCCUACAAAUGACCUCUUACUGAAAGCCAAAGAUAAAAUAAUACAAAAUUCUAAUAUCUGUGAUGAAAAAGAUAAUCAAAAACUUCAGUCCAGCAUUGAUGACAAAGGGGAGGUAAUCCCUGUCACUGUUGUGACUGAAACCAAGAAAUCCACGACAGGAACCGAGAAGUCCAUAAAGCAACAGAUUGUACCUGCAUUUGAUACUAUUAAUCUAAGUGAUCCAAAAUCUGUUUUACUCCUGCCAUUUUUGUUGCCUAUAUUUUUAUUGUUAUUCAUGGUUAGAAGUUUUGCACAGUCAGAAAAAUGGAAGAAAGAUAGAUCCAAAUAAGACUAAGGGCAGAUAAUUACAAAACUAAGGGCAGAUAAUACUGUAAAUUCAGAAAUUACUAAGUUUUGAUUAAUGGAAAUAAUCACAGAAGGAUAUUCAUUGCACAUGUUGCAAUAAAUGAAAAUCAUUUUCACUAUUUUUGAUAAUGUUCAACUGUGAAUUUAUUUAUUUUGGUGGGUAUCAAUUUCCAUGGACUAGAUAAAAACUGUACUUUUGUGGAAACUUGAUAUUUUAGUUUUGACAAGGUCUACGUGUACAUACAAGCCAAUAGGGAUUUUGAAGUUCUUUUUUACACAGGAAUCCAUGAAAAUUGGUGCCUCACAAAAAAUAAUGAAUCUACAGUAUUAAUAACACAACAUGACGAUUUUAAGUCAAAUUAUGGAAUAUCAAUUGAAGGAAAAAGCACUUAUGGAUUUCUGAAAUUACAGUACUUCAUUGACAACAAAAAGCAGGUAUUUGGUAAAAAAGGAAAGAUGAUGGACAGAAAUAGGGCAAAUUGAAUUAUAAGAACUACACAGCAUCUUGGUAAUGUGCAAUCAAUUUAGAUAACAGGUGCUUAAAUUUUUCAGUUUUGUGUACAAAUUUGUUGUAUCUGUUCUACAUGGUUUAGUGCUUUAUCAUAGUAAUGCAUCAGUUUUCAUAUACUAUUUCUAGGGGGUAUUUAACAACCCUGAUUUCCUAUGAGGGUCUUACACAGUCAGUUCACAUAAUUUUUCAGAUACAAUAUAAUUGUGUACUGCAUGACAAAAACAAUGCAAACUUGUACAGUGUACUAGUUGGUCCAAAAUAAGGUUCAGUUCCCCUGUGUCCUUUCUGUGCACCCACUCUACCGUUAUAGUCCUGUCAUAUACAUUAUUGUUUUUAGAAGGACAGUCAAUACUUUUCAAUGGAAAAAAAAUUAAUUUAUCUGCUAUUUAGAACCCAAAUAUACCUUAAAAAACCCAGACAAAAUUUUGUUUAAAUUUCAAAUUUAUAUAAAACUUAAUUAGGUGGCCCUUUAAGGCAAGAAAUUGUGCUAAUGUGAACUUCAUCUUAAACCUGUUCCCCUUUGACCUUUAAUCCUAGCUAGGACGCUGCUGUAUAAUUUAUUCAAGAUUGGUAUUUACACUUUUGUAUAAUAAUGUAUGAAGUAAUCAUUUUUUCAUGUGUACUUGUUUUCGCUAAUUUCGUGGUGUCUACAUGUAUGUAAGAACGUUAAACAGUUCCCUAGAAGGUCUAAUAAAGCACGUUUAGAAAGUACCAUAUAAGGUCUUAUAAUGCAUAUUAAGAAAGUACACUGUCUAAUAAAGCAUGUUUAGAAAGUACCCUAGAAGGUCUAACAAAGCAUGUUUAGAAAGUACCCUUGAAGGUCUAAUGAUGCAUUUUCAGAAAGUAACCUAGAAGGUUUAAUGAUUUAUCUUAUUUUUUUUUUAAAAAUGAUGAAAUUUCUAAAACUAGAACCAAGAAAUGGUCUUUUUCUUUAAUAAAAAUUUGCAAAAAUGACCUGCCACAUUAAAUGACAGUUCAUUGAUACUGAAUAACUGAUGAAACAUGUUUUUGGAUAUAUGUGAUAGGAAUUUUGUCAAACAUAUGUCAAUUUGAAUUUCCAAAAUGUUACUCUUAAACUUGUAGCUCAGUUACUUAUUUGUUAAAAAAAACAUAAAUAUGUUCAUUUUAAUGAAGUAUAUGUAUUGAAAAUGCACAGGGGUUCUCAACAUGGGAUUUUGGGAACAGUUGUGCAGCUGGGAUUUAAAAAACACCCCCCAUUCAUAUAUUGAAUAAUUGUGAAAUCCAUACCUACAUUGUAUACAUAUAUUUCACAGUGAAAUCAUAACCCAUUCAUAUAUUUAUCAGCUCAAAUAGUACCUAAAUAUAUCAUAAUUGGUCAAUUACUACCUAUUGAUACAUUUCCUUGGUAAAAUUGCACCCCAUUGAUAUAUUUGACGUAUCAAAAAAGGGACCCAUUCCAGCGGCACAUAUGUAUAUACCUUCAUAUAGGAAGAGACCCCCCCCCCCCGUGUUGAAAUGUUAUAUUAAAUUCUAAGUCAAAUUUAAUUUUAAAAAGGAUCAUUUUCUGUAAUCCUGAUCUGAAUCUGUAAUUCUAUAUCAAUACUUAAAAUUUGACUUCUAACAUGUCUAAAGUUGAAUUAAACUGUAAACAGUUGUGGAUCCAAGAUUUUGAAAAAGAGGGCCCGCCAAGCAAUGUUAGGUGAGGGACUAGUAAAAGGUAUAUAUGCAAUAACCAUAUAUGUAGCUCCAUAAACCCCUACCUAAAGUAAAACGCCUCCCUUAAUAAGUAGAAUUUUCUUGUUUGUAAUUGUUUAGAUUGCUACGAACAUGUCAGCGUUAGAUUUUUUGUCAACUCCAGAUUUUAUUGUCAACUCCAGAUUUUAUUGUCAGCUCCAGAUUUUAUCGUUGGUUCCAGAUUUUAUUCUGAAAUGCAGUAAACAACUUUUGUAUUAAAAUGUCUUUUAAUUGGUUUGUGGCCAUCUUAUUUAUUUUGUAUUUAAUUUAUUGAAAAUACACCCAUUUAGGUCACAGCAGCAUACACAUACAAGUAACAAUAAUUUAAUAUACAAAUUUGGAAAAGCUCUUUCCAAAAGACCAAUAUUAUAUAUAUCCCAUGUGUGUAUUAAGUUGAAAGAUUUUUGCUUGCACUGACUUCAAUUCUUUUAUAAGGUCAUAACAAUGAAUGAAUAAUUUUAUUAUUAUAAGAAUUGUCACAAAAGUGGGCUUAUUUUAUGCAAUUUUGUAUUUUAUUGUAUUUAAAGACUAUAUAACUGUACAUUUAUGUAUAGACAGUAUGACAUGUUAUUAUGGUCAGAAAGAUGUGCAAUAGUUUAUUUUGGAUAUACUCAGCAUUUUGUGCAAUUAAUUUUACAUUAUUGUCUGUUCAUACCUCAUUUUGUACAUUUGUAACUUUUAAUUGAGCUGUUAUUAUAUGCACACAGCAACUCAUAAGGUUUAAGCUUUUAUGUUUCUCAUCCACGAUCGUCAGCCCACCCAUGUCCAUUAAAGGUUUACAUCAUAUUUUGUGGUAAUGUUGAAACCAAUUUAUUAUAUGCUUGUAACAAUUGAUUGUACUUUUUUGUGUACGUGAAAGAAAUGCAAAUAGGUUUGGACAAGCUAUGAAUUUUUUGCCCACUCCCCACGUGUGGAUUGAUGGAUCAAAGCAAAAUCUAUCUGCUUAUACUUGACAUUUCAAAUAAUCCUUCACUUUUAAACUCCCUAUGCAAUGCUUAUGGUAUGAAUAGACUUUUUUCAUAUUACCGACUUUUGACCAUGGAAUAUAUAAUUUUUCCAUAGGUUUCAAGUACUCUGGUAGGACAUUCUGGUACUCCAUCAAGUAAGAGCAAAUGAUAGAAGUAAAAUUGAGCUUACAAAUGGUGCAAUUUGGGGAAAAAAAUAUCUGUUUUCCAAUUAUUAUGUUGUGUGAAUAGCAAACAUAAAACAGUAAAUUUUCACCAAAAUGCAGUUAAUGUAAGCUUGAUUUUACUUCUUUCAGUUGCUCUUAUUUGACUGAGUACCAGAAUGUCCUCUCACAGAGUAGGUAACCUGUUGAAAAAUUAUAAACUCCAGAGUCAAAAGUCGGUAAUAUGAAAAAUGUCUAUUAGCUUUUAUGUUACCCAUCCAUGAUCUGCAACCCACCCAUGUUCAUUGAAGUUUUAUAUCAUGUUUUGUGGUUAUGUUGAAACCAAUUUCUUAUCUACUUGUAUCAAUUGAUUGUACUUUUUUUCUGUACAACAAAAGAAGUGCAUAUUUACUUCAGGGGAUUGGCUUGGUCAAGCUAGAAAUGUUGUGCCCACUUAGAAUGAUGGAUCAAGACAGAAUCUACCUGCUAAUACUUGACAUUUCAAAUAGUCCUUAACUUUUUAACUCCCUAUAAGCUAUGUAUUACUUAUGUAAUGAAUUAGAUAUAUUCUUUAGAAAGUCACAAGUAUUUUUUUUUAUUUCACUUUAAAAGAUGCAACUAAAAUAUUGAUCUAGCAAUAUGAUAUUUUGCCACAAUGUUUAUAUAAAUAAGAAGAUGUGGUAUGAGUGCCAAUGAGACAACUCUCCAUCCAAGUCACAAUGUAUAAAAAGUUAACAAUUGUAAGUCAAAGAACUGAGACUCAUUAAGAAUAUUUAAGCUGUGCUCGUAAUUAGUGCUAUUAAAACUUUUGUUCAAUUUUCUCCACAUGAUCUUUUUUAAAUAUUCAUGUCUACAAAUGUUGCAUUGGAAGGGAGAUAAUUUCUACAAGUACCUUUGGUUGACAAAAAAAUACUUUUAACAAGUUAGUUGAAUUUAACAUGUUAUUUUCCAUUUGAAAAGUUAGACAAAAGAAAAAAGAACUGAGAGUCAUUAAGAAUAUUUAAGCUCUGCUUGUAAUUAGAAACCUGCUUUCAUAUGGCGAUCUUUACAUCAACCCUAGAUGAUUGAAAUCUAGUUUUGAAUAUUUAGAUUUUGUAUUUAAGGAUAUUAAUGUAUAUUGAAUUAUUUCAUUUCAUAGGUAAAUGUUUUUGGAAAAGAAUGUUGUUUUUAUCCAUCUUUACCAAAAUAUUUCAAAUUACAGUUUUGAGCCACUUUUAAGUAUUAAUGGUUUGUGUUCAUCUUCUAAAUUUGCUAUAAUGUUGUAAAGAUCUCAAAUACUCACAAGAAGUUAUAAUACUGAAAUUUUAGUGAAAAUUUAAAUACCUGCAAAAUGUAGGAAAAUUUAAAGGACUUUUUGAAAAUGACAAACCCUGAAAAAGGACCUACCCAAUGUAUUUCAAUGCUUUUCUGUUUCUUUUUGUUUUUUUACCCAAAUAUUUUGGCUUUUAGCAGGCCAUUAAUUUUUGAAAUGCACAACUGAUACAUCAGAAUUUUUCCCCAUCACACAAAUUAAAUAUUUGAUAUACUUUUUCAUGUUCUGACACCUUAUAAAUGUGUACAUCAGAUAUUGCUUUGUAAAUUAGAAUCUCAUCAACAUUUACAAUUUGUUUUUCAUCAAUGUGUACAAUGUAUUUUCAUAUGUGUGCUAAAAUGUCACAACAAGAUAAGUGUGUAUAAGAUUUUUUUUUCAAUUUCUUUUAAGGGGGGUGGGGUGGAGGACCUACACCCAUCUCUUUGAUCGAAAAAAAAAAGUCAUUUUUUGGGCCAUAUAAUCCCCAUUUGAAAAGAAUUAAAAAAGUAUAACAAAAAUAUAGAACUCCAAGGCAAAUUCAAAAAGGGGAAGUCCUAAAAAAAUUGACAUGUAUUUGAAAGAAGAAGCAUGAUUUAUAUAAAACUUUUGCAAUACAUUUAUUAUGUCUUCAUUUAUCAGUAUCAUUUAUUAAUAUGUUUAUAAAUUAUAAUAUAAUAAAUGACACUGUCAGAACUUUUAUGUAGGUUGUAUACUAUUGGAAAAAAAAUCGAAAGUCACAAAUUUCUUUCUUCAUAAAAUAUUAUUUAUUGUGAUGCCAUCCAUUACAUACACUUCAUAUUGGUUAUUCCAUUUUUACCAGUACAUGGUGGGAGUUAUCAUAGAGAGGUCAAAAUGUCUAGAUUGUUCCCAUGAGGGUCUGGAGAGGUCUUUAUUUCUGUCUUUAAUUUUAUUAGAAAAGAAAGAUCAUUUUUCUCUUUUUUUUUUUUCUUUUUUUGCUCAUUAUUCUGUAUUCUUUUAUUUUUUGCUCACUUUUUUUUCCUAUUCUUUAUAUUGUUUUGUCCAUUAUUCUCUAUUCUGUAAUCCCCCAUCCAGACCCUUAUGUUUCAUACUUCAUGAUGAAAUAUUUGAAAAAAAAAUGGUAAGGUAACAAAUCGUUUUUAACUAUAAUAUAUUAAAUAGAUAUUGAUUAGAAAUCCAAAUAUUUUUCUUAGAAAUUCUCAAUAGAUUUUAAUAUGUAAUAUUAAAUUUUACGUAGAAAGAAAAUAUCUCACUUAUUUUGUUCAGGUAGAGUAAUUUUUUCUCUAUUUUAUAUCUAUUUAGUUAUGAAAUUUAACAAGUAUUUUGUUUUCUUGUUUUGUAUUAUUCAGAAAACAGCACAUUGUAAUAAAGUUUUUUAUCUCCUUUUUAUUUCUUUACUUGUACUUUUAAGUGUAUAGUAAACUUUUAAAAUGUCAUUUAUUGCAUAACAGGGGUAUGUGCAUAUAGUUUAUAAUAAAAAUCCUAUAUUUUUAAAUCUA